GACUAUGCUUGUCGUAAGAGGCGACUAACGGGAUCGGGUGGUCAGGCUUGCUGACUUCGUUGAUGCAUGUCAUCGAUCCCAAUUGCGUGGAUCGAUGCUCAUGAUGUUAAUGAGACUCGACUUAUUUUCAGACAGCCGUCAAAUAGCUUGAAUAUUGCUGAGUGCGGCGUUAAACAAGAAACAAACCAAACCAAAUCAAACAUAAUAUUCACCGCUAUUUUGAAUUUACGCCCAGUGGAAUGUCGCUUAUAAUCGAUACUGUGAAAACUCUGGCGUUGACGUUUUAUGAUUAUGAAUGACUAAUAUGAAUUAGUUAUGAUACCUGGUGAGAGUAUCCUGUCCCGCAGGUGGCACCCGUCACAAACACAUGUAAAUGCAAGUUAAUUAUUCUCCUGAAAAGAGCACGGGAACAUAUGAUCAACAUAGCGAAUUGCAUCGUUAUAAUGUUUGUCACUGAUGGAAAAUUGGAAAUGUAGUCCACAAUCGUACCAUAAAACCUGCUGAAAGCUCGAAAUACUUUCACACCAACAAACCAUAAGUAGACCCACUGCUGAAAAAGGAACCUUGAAAUGGCAUAUGGAUAUUGGCCUCUUAUUGUGUAUUGCAAAUUAUAAUAAUUAUAUCUUGUUUAUGCUUCAAGUUGGCCAUCAAGGAUCGGACGGUUCUGGACACACCAAACAAGAGCCAAAUGAUCAUGACCAGGAAAAAGAUGAUGCAAAUGAUUUGGGGGAUGCGGUUCUUGUCAGCAUUAGUGGGAAGACGUUGAAAACAAUCCGAUGGCCGGACAGGAUCCCAAUAAAAGACGGAGAGGUGUCGGUACGUGGAACAUACAGCAAUGACAAAGUCGAGGCGACAGCCACAUGCGAAAAUGGAUUGAUUGUGCAUCUUAAAACAGACUGUGGGAUGGUACCAAAUGCUGGUUCUUCUUUUAACCGCACAAUUUGGACACUUAGUGAUAUUGACAGUGAUGCCAUGUCCAGUUUGAUGGCAAAUUCAUACAGAGGACUGAGAGACAUAAAAAACGAUGUCAAAGACAAACAUGGCGCGCCCUGUGUCUGUAUGAAAGAAGGAAGCUUAAUUCUUGAGUUCGGGCAUGAUACCAUAGAAGAUGCAAAGCAAAUGUUCAGCAGAAGGGAUGACGUGGCCCUUCUGUUAAAAACAAUACUUGGAAAAUACAACAUUAAGGACGACUUCAGUGUGAAUUGUGAGAUAAAGAUCAUAGACGAAUGUGAUGUUGUCCCUGAACUGCCAACAUCCUCGACAGAAAAAGAGGGAAAAGGAAAGCAGUAUGCCGCUUCCCAAAGCGAGUCUGGGAUUUACUCAAAGUCAUCCAGAGGAGAACCUUCUUGGCGAGUAAAACAAGUUGUGGAUACUGAUUCAAUGCUGGCUGAUCUAUCUAGAGAUGAAGAUGUAGAUGGUUGCGAUGAAUGUCGAAACAAGCGUGACGUCAAAAGAAAUCAAGAGAUAACCACACCAAUGUUGUAUCUUUAGAUAAACGAGAAAUGCGACAAAGGAAACGGUUUGAAAUGGUGGGGAAGAUUUCUGCUGUGAGAAACUCUGAAGGAGGACGCAUCUUGUGUCACAUCAGUGGACGAAACAAACAAGAUAGAAACCUCAAUUAUUUCGAUGAAAUGUUCUUCCAGUCUGAUACCCUACCAAUUGGUGAAGAGGAAAUCUAUUCUCAUGUCAUACAAAGAGAAUGGUAUGGGGAUACUGACUUUGUCAUCAUAACGGUAUCUCACGCAACGUGUGUAUGUACAGUAAGUGUAAACAGCUACAUUGCCAAGUACGGCAGUUGUGUGACUGUUUCCCUUCCCCAGCUGAGGACAUUACUGUUCGGAGAACAGGCAGCAGGACACGGACCUCCGCUGAUUAGAGGAGUGGAGGAUCUUCAAGAAGGAGUCGACAAACGCUUUAAACCUCAAGCCGAUGUUCCUAUUCGUGCUUCUGAACAAUUUUACGCAUAUAGAUUACAACGCUAUAUUUCAGCAUUCUCCAAAAACCGCUCUGGUGGGUCCUUCUAUAUAGGUGUUAAUAAAAUGUACAUCACACAUUAUCGCUACAAAACAGUUAAAGUGGAUAUAAAGGGUUGUCCCAUCCCGUCUCGGGAUCAUACAGCGUACAAACAAGAGUUAAAAACCCUUGUAAGAAAAAACAUGAUGAUCAUACCGAACAUUCACACGAAACAACCAUGUGACCUUCAAGACCUCGUGGAUGUUGCUUUUCAUCACGUCAGAGAAGACAAUUACGUCAUCGAAAUCUCAGUCGGGACGGUAAAUGGCUGUGUGUUCACAGAUAAAGGUGGACCGUCGGCCUACAAACUAGAUGAGAAGGGGUAUUUGUGUAGGAUGUCAUGGCAGGAAUGGAUGGAGAAGCUUCGGGCCGAGCCGCGCCCUACUUGAUGACUUGGUGGCUUUGUGGUGUCAUGGGAGUGGCAUGUACAAAAUUGACAUGGUUCAUAUGAUGAUGGUCAUGUCAGCUGUAACUGAUGACAAAUUCAAGAUGUGGACUUGAAACUGAAAUAGUGUAUUGUUUUAGGUUUCACGAAGAUGUUCCCAACUGUAUAACCUUCUAUAAAUAGUUUUAGCUCACCUGAAUGUCCUGGUGAGUUUGGGUGGUGAUUUGGUCGUCAAAAACAUUUUUUAAACUCUGGAUCCCACACGCCUACAGUGCAAGUUCCUAUUAACAUACAAACGUUCAAUAAACUGGUUUUAAACUUAACGUCACAAUUUUUUGGGUCAUUUGAGAAACUUCUCAAAUGUUGUGUGAAGGAUAACUUACAAACAGCUGAAAUCAUCCUCUUCAGCCUUGUUGACAAUAUCACUUGGAAGUUCUCUUCACAAUUUACUAUUCAGGGAUAAGUGUCGCACCUUGUCACAACCUUUUGGGGUGAAAGGCUACCCAAUAUUAUUGGAUUUAUGAAAAUAUUGGUUUAUUUGAUAAUAUAAUUAAGAUAGAGAAUUAGUUACCUGAAAAUAUUUGCUCAUGUGCGACAUGUACACAGACCGCACAUUCAGAUUGAAAGUAUUCAUCUUUAAUCUAUAGAUAUGAUACACGUGACUGAAUAUGAGAACCCCAUUGGUUGGUCUUGGUCACAAUGAACAUUUCCUGAUAGUUUAAAUUGUGUGUAAUUGUACACCAUGUAUGUUUAUAUUGUACUUGCUUGUUUAUCGUUUAAUGCCGCACACAGCAAUAUUCCAGCUAUAUGACGGAGGUCUAUAAAUAAUUGAGUCUGGAUCAGACAAUCCAGGGAUUGAGUCAUGAUCAUCGAUCCACGCAAUUGGGACACGAUGACAUGUAUCAACCAAGUCCAACCCGUUAGUCGCCUCUUACGACAAGCAUGGGUUGCUGAAUACCCAUUCUACCCCGGAUCCUCACGGGUGUUUUUAUAUUGUGGUUUAUAUCAAUAUACUGUAAUGGUGUUGGAAGCUGUAUAUGAAACUUGCUUUUGACAAUAAAAUUCUUAUCUUUA